AUGCAUUUAAUUCGAGUCGAUGUCAGGUACUUUCAAGCCUGCGUAUUUAAAAUCUUUGAAGAUACAAACUGGGAAGUCAGGUAUCAAGGUCUUGAUCAUUUGUUUGGUUUAUUUACAAAGAUGGAUGCAGACUUUCAAACGGAAUGGCUAGGCCAACUUUCCCAUUUAGGCCCUGUUUUCAGUUACUUUAUUGGUUGUUUAUGGGAUAAAGAGGAAUACGUCCGAUCCAAAGCAUUUGCGAUGGUGCGUGCGUUUGGCACGCUUCACCUACGUUCCGCAUUUCGGUGUUGGGAAGCGUACUUUUUGACAGCGACUGAUAGGCAAAAAAUGCCGCUGCUCAGUCUCAUGAUCCGUCUCAAUGCCCUGUUUCCUGACUGGCAAGUACUGCAAUGGGAAUCGAUCUUGGACGCGUUAGAUACAGAUGACGUUGCCCAAACGGAGGCGGGUUCUCUUUUGAAUGCUGAAAACAGGAUGGCAGAAGAAGACGAAGACUCACAGAAAGCUCACGCCAACAAUGUCAAAGUGCUACUGUUGACGUUGGCUUUGCAAAUGCUAAGCAAUCAUACGACGAUUGGCAUUCCAGAAAUAUCACGUUUGAAGUUUGCGCUUGUACGGCAUAUGGGGUUUGAAGAUUGUUACCUGUCGAUGGAGGGUGAAGAGAUGACCGUUGAUUUUGGCCCUUUACGGUAUAACCCCAACGACGCAACGCAAGCAGCUAUUAUGAUGGCAUGCUCGAGAGGGUUGAAAAAAAUCAUGGAUAGUUUUGCACCUUUAGCCGCGGAAAAGGUAGCUUCGAUGGCCACGGAUUAUCUUGAUCAAGAGAGGGUGAAUUUAGCGGAAAACGAUAGUCCUGGCGUGCACUUUAUCGAUGUGGUUCUAAAGAUGGUGAGCUCUGAUGUGGAUCUCACCUCACUGGGUCACCUGACAUUAAAGACAUGGUUAGAGAUUGUAUUGAUUGUCGUCUAUAAGCACGAUAUUUUGGAACGAGAAUACGAACAGAGUGUUGUGAGUUGCAUCAAGGCCAUCAUAGGGUUGCUCACAGAGGACAUUAGUGAGGAAAGCAAGCUGCUUAUUCUCGAGAUUCUCAAAUGCUUGUUGCGGCGGUCGGAUCAUUUGACGGCGAUGGUCCUCUCAAAGCAAAUCUUGACGUUGGGCAAGCUCAUGACCAAGCUGGGAGGGGGUGCGCGGACGUCUGAUCCUGUGUACUUGAAAGCAAAAGAGUUUCUCAAAAGUGCCUUCUUACGGUUCGCGAUUGCUGGUUUAUUCGUGCUCAUGUUUAAGAAUCAAAGCGUAUCGGACAGGUCCAAGAACGAAGUGGAUCUCUUUUUUGUUUUACGCACCGUCAUUGAACCCGACGAUAUCAUUCCUGAUGAGGAUGAAGGAGGAGGAGGUAGUAGCGGUGGGCAAGGUGAAGUGAUUUAUCUCCGUGACCAGCCCCUGCGGGAUGUGUUGGAUAAACUCAUGAAGCAGCCCAUGGACCGCAAAGCGUUUUCGACUGUUUUACACAACACCAGCUGUUAUGUGGAACGCGUGCAUUCCCACUCGUAUAGCGAAGGCAUCUUGGCGGAUUAUGCGAGCUUUCUUCAUCUACUGGUGAAGCACACGAGCGAUUGGCGGCGGAGCGAUUGGGACAUCAACCCUGUGUUGACCAUGUCGGCGAUUUUAUUAAAGGAACAUCCCUACCAACAUGCGCUACUGAUACCGUCGAUACAACAUGUGUUUAAGCAUGGUUUACUCCAUUGCACGCUUCAACCGGGCGCGGUCGUCCAACUGAUGACGGCUUAUAGCGCUCUCGUGUCGAUACCGGGUGUUCAGCCCAACAAUGUUUUUGUCGACAUGAUAGUGGACGAACUGAAAAACGCGCUUUCUGCGGCCUCCUCUCGACUGAACAAGGAUACCUUUGUGCUGCUUUUAGAGCUCGUGGUCUGGGACGCAACGCCGGCCGGCAGCCAAUGGUAUACUGAGAUGGAAGCGACGCUGUUGGGCGAGGCAGGCUACCGACAUCAGCACAGCGCGUACUUUGAAAACAAGCUAUUGCACUUGCUACCCUCGUUGGUGACCUACAAUAAGCGGCCAUCGCUGAGUAAACAGUUUACAAAAAAGGAUUUCAAGGGCUAUCGCUGUGUGGCAAGGUUGAUCAUGACCCUGUGUGUCAAGGAUCCAAAAUUGAUGCUCGAUGAAAGUACAGAAUGCUUACGUUUUCUCAACUGGUUCAUUUUAACGAUUCUCAAAGAAGGAGCGGAUACAUUGGUGAUUGACUUGCUCGCGUAUGAAGCAGUCAUGAUACAGUUGCUGACGCAAACGAUCAAGUCGAUCGAUAUCGAUUUCCAUGCACCGGACCUAGGAUUCCCUUACAGUGCGACCAGCGAGAAAUUGCUGCUGUGGUUCUUGUUGAUCAAGACGUAUACACUUUUGAAACUUAAAGCAUCGCAUUUACCUACCAAGAAGGGCGGUGCGAGCUCUGUGCAAUGGAAUACCCAUUUGUUUUGGACCUCUUUAUGGCCAGCUCUUCGCGAACUGUUGGAAUCGAUCGAUAUCUCGACUUUAUUUAUGUUGACGUUCAAUGAUACAGCGUUGCAUCAACAUCCAGAGGCCAUUGAUCAUGAUAUAUCGCUCAAUCAAUUCAGAAAGCAAGUCAAAAAGCUCCUCGCCAUGUUUACGAUGCCGCCGGUGGAAGUACCUGCGGCGAGAAUGAUCCAUCAAUUGUUCCUGGAACUUCGUGAUGCUAUGCGUUUAUUGCAGAACGACAGUCAUGUAUCUGAAAUAAACGAACGUAUCGUGUAA